AUGGAAACCAAACGAAGCCGCGCAGAGGUUUUGAAAUUGCUCCAAUCUCUGGAUCGCGACAACUCGGGCAAAGUCAGUGCGGGAGAGCUGAUGGCUGUACUCGGAGAUGAAGUGACUCAUGAAGAGUUGAAAGCCUUUAUUGCUCGUCAUGACAAGGACAACGAUGGCGAGCUUGAUAUUAAUGAAUUGGUUGACUUUUUCACUAAAUAA